GUUGCCCUGCUGUGUGUGACACAAACGACGACGCAACAUGUCGUCUUACGGAAUCUCCGUUUGCCUUUUGGUUCCGAGUGCAAUGAUUAUCCAUCACUUGCCGCAGCGAUGAGGUUUUCCGCCGAUUACAUUCAUCGAGAAUCAUCCAUAAAUUUGUAGAUACUUGACUUGCGGCUAAUAGUCUGCGAGCUAUGGCUAUUUCACACGCUCUUGGUAUGGGCGAAAUCAUACAUUUAAAUGUUGGUGGAACAAGGUUUUCCACAUCACGGCAAACAUUGUCAUGGAUUCCCGACUCCUUUUUCACUGCGCUGCUGAGCAAUCGUAUCGCCAGCAGACGAGAUGACAGCGGAGCAUUGUUUAUUGACAGAGAUCCAAAGAUUUUCUCUGUGAUUCUCAAUUAUUUGAGAACCAAAGAUAUCGACUUGAAAGAUGUAAAUAUUCGUACUUUAAGGCACGAGGCAGAGUAUUAUGGAAUAACUCCUUUAGUAAAAAGACUGAUGUUGUGUGAAGAUUUGUCUCAGUCUUCAUGCGGAGAUGUAUUAUUUUAUGGCUAUUUACCUCCUCCUAAUAUUCCUUUGCAAGAACCAACUAGUGUUUCUGCAACUAUAAGUGAUGUGUCUGUUCAUGGCAGACCAUCUAAUUCUACCUCGACACCUCCUCCUAGAACUGAAACACCUUCAACAACACAGGCAGUUUCGAAUUCAAACAAUUCUGCUACAAAUUCAAUCAAUUAUCGUGUAACACAAAGAACUCAUCCUCAUUCUCGUACAUCAUCCCUUGAUCUAAGACAUGUUAGAAAUAGUUCAGCAGAUUUAAAUAAGCUAUUUAAAAAUGAUAUAGGACUAGUGUUUGGUCCUCAAACCGUUUCAGGAUGGGCUGAUCCAUUACGAGUUCAAAUAAUAAAAGCACAUCAUAACUGGAUAGCAAUAGCUUAUGCACACUUCAUAACUUGUUAUAGAUUAAAAGACUCGUCUGGAUGGCAACAUGUAUUUACAAGUCCACAUGUUGAGUCAGUUAUAGAACGAGUAGCGAUAAAUGCCAAAAUGGGAAUGGGUUCCGAAGGCAAAAUGGUGGCUAUUUCUUAUGGUAGCCAAGUGAGAUUGUGGUGUGUGACUGAAGAUGGAAUAAAGACAAACAUUGGUACAUUCAAUUUAAAUGUCCGUGUAGAAUAUUUAUUUUUUAUUGGAAGCCAAUUAGUCGCUUUGUCACCCACUGGUAAAAUUGGAGUUUGGCAUGCAAUGACUCAUCACUGGCAAAUACAGGAUGUAGUACCAAUUUCAUCUUUUGACACUGCAGGAUCUUUCCUUUUACUUGGAUGCAACAACGGAUCUAUCAAUUAUAUUGAUAUGCAGAAAUUUCCACUCAGGAUGAAAGAUAAUGACUUGCUAGUUACACAACUCUAUCGAGAUCCUAGUCAAGAUCCUAUAACGGCGAUAUCGGUUUACUUAACACCGAAAACAACACAAGGUUUGAGUGGAAAUUGGAUCGAAAUAGCUUAUGGUACAAGAUCAGGAAGCGUUAGGGUGAUCGUUCAGCAUCCGGAAACUGUGGGACAUGGACCUCAACUCUUUCAAACGUUCACCGUACAUCAAAGCAGUGUAACUAAGGUGACGCUUUCGGAGAAAUAUCUGGUUUCGGUGUGCUCAGAAUACAAUCACGUAAGAACGUGGGCUGUAACUCGUUUCCGUGGCAUGAUAUCGACGCAACCAGGCUCAACGCCCGAAGCCAGUUUCAAAAUAGUUUCUCUGGACGCUCUUGAACCAUGCAUCAGUUACAAUGCCGGAAAUGAUUUUGGUCCGUUUGGCGAACAAGAUGACGAGCAAGUAUUUGUACAAAAAGUAGUACCCGAAACUGACCAAUUAUUCGUGAGAUUGGCAUCAAACGGUAAACGUGUUUGCGUGAUACAGUCUAUUGACGGCAGCGUUAUCACUUCGUUUUGCGUACACGAGUGCGAAGGUUCCAGUCGUAUGGGCUCCAGACCACGGCGUUUCAUAUUUACCGGCCACUCCAAUGGGGCAAUACAAAUGUGGGAUUUGACGACUGCACUCGAUCCAGCUAUUAAUUCUUCUCCGGCUAAAGAAUUUCCCGGUGGUCCGACACCCGAAGAACUAUGGAAGCUGCUAGAUCAGUGUGAUCUAAGCAACAGUCAUUGUUCAACGCCGUGCAUUAGUCCGUCCCCCUCACUGAUUGCCUCAGGACCGAGGAUCAAAGCAAGUAACGUCUUAUUUCUAAAUCAGUCGCAAAAUGUCGCCUCGUCGACAAACGCCAAUCAAUCUUAAUUUAUUUAAGUCGUAUCCUGUCAAUCACAGCAUUUGCAUUUAUUUGACUUAUAUAAAUCAUGUGUACAUAGGAACAUAUAUAUUCGUACGUGAUUCGUCGAUUUUCAUACAUCAACGCAUCUCUGUCAUUUUACAACUUGAAGUUUAUAGUUGACUAUUUUUCAAGGUAUUUCCAGUAUUAAAAAAUUGUCAAUUGUUAUGUUUGAGCAGGCUUUGAGCUUUAUAAUUGUAUCACUGUUACAACGAUAAGUUUUACUGUGAUCUAUAAAUGAAUAAUGCCGUUGGUUUUGUCCAACAUUUUAGUAAGUCU